CAUUCACGCCAAACGCCGAGCGUCCAUCACACGCGCCAUUGCUCCUGUCGCAAACGUAGAAAAAAUUCGCAACCUCGGAGAUUCAUUAAGCUCACGCGAUAAUAAAUCCAUCAUUUUUGACGAAUAUUAAUUAGUUAAUUAGUGUAUAUUUUAUUCGAUUAUACAUAUAUAUUGCGAGCAGAUUUUUCAAAAUUCAUUAAUUUCCGUUUACGCGUUUGCAGUUUGUAGCUUACGUGUGUGAUUGUGUGUGUAAUUUGCAUUUUGGCUUUGCUAAUUAUUGCCUGACAAGUGCAUCUCAUUGCGUGUUUCGCUUCAUUUCGUAUUUAGCAGAAGACAAAGGAGGAAAACUAACACACACACAAUGGGCAAUUCAACAAUGGACGAACUCUCCAAAGACCAAAUCGAAUUACUACGAAAUGCCUUCAACGCAUUCGAUGCGGAAAAGAAUGGCUACAUCAACACCACCAUGGUGGGUACCAUUCUGAGUAUGUUGGGUCAUCAGCUUGACGAUGCUAUGUUAGCUGAAAUUAUCGCCGAAGUCGAUGAGGAUGGUUCGGGACAAAUUGAGUUCGAAGAAUUCACCACAUUGGCGGCGCGUUUCCUCGUUGAAGAGGAUGCGGAAGCGAUGCAAGCCGAACUAAAAGAGGCAUUCCGUUUAUACGAUAAAGAGGGUAAUGGUUAUAUCACCACCGGUGUGCUGCGUGAAAUUCUACGUGAAUUGGAUGAUAAACUGACAAAUGACGAUUUGGACAUGAUGAUUGAGGAAAUCGAUUCUGAUGGCUCAGGAACGGUUGAUUUCGAUGAAUUCAUGGAGGUCAUGACUGGCGAGUAAAUGUUGAAAACUAUGGAAACCUCAACAAAGUCUUUACCUACGGAAUAUGUGGUAUUUUUUUGAAAAACAACAACAGCAACAAUGGAACAACAUACUCCCACCAACACACACACACACACACAAACCCACACUCACUCGUCAACGAGGUCACCGUUGUAAUGGAAAAAUAUAAUUUUUGUUAUUUAUUUAUUGAAUUUUAUUAAAACUUUUUCAAAAAGCCAAUGACAAGUUUAAAAUGUAUUUAAAUCAACAAAAGAAAAGCAACCGUUAAACUUAAACUAGUUUUGUGUUAUUUUGUUCAUUAAAUAUACAACAUAUUUAUAUAUUGUUUUUGCUUAAGAAGUUAGUUAUUGUUAAAGAAAAAAAAUACAAUUAAUGUUUUCAAACCCAACCAACCAACUAUCAAACCAAUUUAUGAAAAAUACACCAUCAAUGGCUUGUGACAUUUAGAAAUACCCUGUAGUCACAUAUUUAUGUAACAAACAUGAAUAAAAGUAACACACAUACUAUAUUAUAAACAAAAACAAAAAUAUUAUGGUUUUUUCAUUUAUAAAUAUUUUACUACAAAUAUAUUCAAAAAGCAAUUAACCAAUGACUAAACAGUCAGAAUAAUGGAUUGUAAUCAAUUUAAUUAAAAAAAUUAUGCCGAGAUUAAAAAUUUUAUUAAUUUAUUGUUAAAAAAUUUAUUUAAAAAUAUAUUUAUAUAUAUAUAUAUAUACAUAUAUAUCAAAUUAACCACUACUUGCAUAUAUAUUACAAUUUAUUACAAUUGAUGAACAUUAUUUGCAUACAAUGAUUUUUAUUGAUCGAGACAAGAGAGAAUAUUCUAUUUAAUUAUUAUAAAAAUUUCACCGAACAAAGUGUGAAAUGUAAAAUAUUUCAUUGUAAACAAGUUAAUGUUGCGUUAUAUAAAUUGUUGUUACUUAGAAAAGAAAUUAUAUUUAUCAAAUCAAUUAUUUAUUAUUCAAAUGUUUGUCACAGUUUAUUACAUGAAAACUUUUUCUUAUUUAAUCUUAUUAUUGAAUCAUCAUAUACAAUAUAAGAUGUAUUGUUUAUACAAAUCCACAUAAAGGAAUUACAUACAUAUAUAUAUAUAUAUACAUAUAAAUGCAAAAUAAUACUUAAAUAAGUUUAAAACAUAUAUGUACAUCGCAAGGAUAUGCCGUUAUUGAUACAAAGGUUUCCUAUAAUAGUUUUUUAUAGCAACUUAAGUUACAUCAAUUACACGUCACUCAACGAGGAAAACAAACAACAACAACAUACUUGAGUUAGAAUCGAUUGUAGCAAAAAAAAACAACAAAGAAAUCAAAAUAAAAUAGAAGAAAAUUAAAACAAAAAAGCUUAGAUGUAAAAUAAACAACAUAACAUACAAUUAAAGUUAAAAAAGUCGUUAUAAACACAUUCAAUUACCUCGAUUAACAACAACAAAAGAACAACAAAUGUUUCUAUCUAUUAUAACAAAAAAUAAUAAUAAAGCUUAAAAAUCACUAAAUUAAAAACAUACAACACCAAUGAACCAUGAAUGUCAACAGCAACAAUAAAAGAAAAAUAACAAUUAAAUAAAUAAGUUAAAAGUAAAUAAGAAAAAAAAAAACAAUGAAAACUAAAACUAAAAUUAGUACAGCGCAAAAACCAAAGAAUUAACAAUAACAAUCAUUUAAAUUAUUUGUACAAUAUGUAUUCACUUGAUGUUUUGGGAAUUUGAAGUAAAAAAGUUUAUUUUUUAACUUUUUCAUGCGCCAAAUAAAAUGGCUGAAAACUAAAAUCUAACAAAUCAAAUAAAUAAAUGCGUUUCUAAAACAAGAUCUGGAAGAUGAAGAACAAAAA